AUGUCUAUGGGCUCCAGUAACCUCUUAACACCAGGUGGGUUGUGAGCUCGUCCACCCAUCUAAGCAAUAAAUAAAAAUAUAUAUUAGGAGGUCGGAUAUAAAAAAGCGCUCUAAAAAUUUAUUAUUUGAAAUCUUUGAUGAGUAUACAGUUAAAGUUAAUUACAUUAACCACUUUUUUUCCUCUGCGUGCGCGUAAUAAAAACAUUUUUCUAUAUGUUGUAACACAAAACGCCUUUAUCAAAAAUGAUAACGUCUAUCUUUAAAACUAAGAGCUGCCAUUUCAAAAUAGACUAACUUGUCACGAACCAUUUCCGAGUCUCUUCGACUGGGUCACAAGCGAGCGGUCAUUAAGAUUCAAUACAAGCUUUCACUUACCACCACCACGAACUUAGUUUUGUAAUAAUCAACGUGAAUAACGCACGUACACACAACACUAUCGGUUGCUACAAAAAUAACCCAGAUUUAAAAGAAAAUCAAAUCAAAUUAAAGAUGGAGUUUGUGAAAUAUUUCUUUGCAAUGCUCAUUUUGAUCGUUUCUCUGAUCACUGUAGAGUCUACGAUACCGCAACCAAGGGCGCCGAAUUUCCAAUAUUUUGAAAGGCCUAACUACCGCUAUCCUUAUUACGACGAAAACGGCAAAGGAAAAUUGCUGUACGGAUAUGGAGGACCAGAAUUGUACCAAUACAAAUCCUAUUCGCCCCUUGAAGGCAUACAUUAACACUCCAAAAAUAAUAGGAUACGAAAUAUUAUAAACUGGUAGUCUGUAAUUAAGCUUAAUAAACCAUAUUAUGUGCGUAGUUUUUUCCGAAUAAUUUUAUUAAGGUUCAUGCAGAAGAAAGUAUUAGUUUUAAUUUUAUAAUAGAACCACUGAUAUCAUCUACAGUGAGCUUCUAGACAUCCUUUUUGCUGCGUACCAUUCGGCUUUGGAAUGAACCAUGGUUUUUCCUGAGCGCGAUGACAUCCCUUCUUCAAACGAGGUCUGAGAAGAGUCCAUAGCGGUAGACAUGGCUUGACUUUAUCCCUGUUUUGCUGAUGUCCGUGAGCGACGAUGUGUUCUCAACAUCAUGAAUCAUAUGUUUGUUUAUCAUAAAAACAAAAUCGUUAAUUGUAUAUUUGACAAUUCAUUCUACAAAAUAUCCAAUUGCAAUAGACAAUAUUUUUAUUAUGUAAAUACCUAUCUAUUAUUUUUGAUAAAUAUAUUAUUAUCAUUAAGUAUGUAGUUAUUAUCAUAAGCAGUUAGUAAGUGGGACGGUAGGUACUUUCAUCAGUUGUAUCAUGUUGAAUUGUUUAUAUUUUAAUAAAAAAAUGAAAAGUUAUCUA